GGCGCGGGCGCGCCGCGCGUCCGGGGUCAGUAUGUGGCGCGUUCCUCGCCAGCUGUGCGUGCACUUUGCGAGGGGAAGCAGGCUCUCUGGUCCUUGGAAUAGGCCUGCCGCCUUCAUGUCUACUUUGCUCAUCAAUCAGGCGCAGUACGCUUGGCUGAAGGAGCUUGGGCUCCGCGAGGAAAACGAGGGCGUAUACAAUGGAAGCUGGGGAGGCCGGGGAGAGGUUAUCACCACCUAUUGUCCUGCUAACAAUGAACCAAUAGCAAGAGUCCGACAGGCUAGCGUGGCCGACUACGAAGAAACGGUGAAGAAAGCGAGGGAAGCAUGGAGAGUCUGGGCAGAGGUUCCUGCUCCGAAGCGAGGAGAAAUAGUAAGACAGAUUGGGGAUGCUUUGCGGGAGAAGAUCCAAAUACUAGGAAGUUUGGUGUCACUGGAGAUGGGGAAAAUCUUAGUGGAAGGUGUGGGAGAAGUUCAAGAGUACGUGGAUAUUUGUGAUUAUGCUGUUGGCUUAUCGCGGAUGAUUGGUGGACCCAUCUUGCCUUCUGAAAGACCUGGCCAUGCCCUCAUUGAACAGUGGAAUCCUGUAGGCCUGGUUGGGAUCAUCACUGCGUUCAACUUCCCUGUGGCAGUAUAUGGCUGGAACAAUGCCAUCGCAAUGAUCUGUGGGAAUGUGUGCCUUUGGAAAGGAGCUCCAACAACUUCGCUCAUUAGUGUAGCUGUCACAAAAAUAAUAGCCAAGGUUCUGGAGGAUAACCAGCUGCCUGGUGCGAUCUGUUCCUUGACUUGCGGUGGAGCGGACAUUGGCACAGCAAUGGCCAAAGAUGAGCGGGUGAACCUGCUGUCCUUCACCGGGAGCACACAGGUGGGAAAGCAGGUGGCCCUUAUGGUGCAGGAGAGGUUUGGGAGAAGUUUGUUAGAACUUGGAGGAAACAAUGCCAUUAUUGCCUUUGAAGAUGCAGACCUCAGCUUAGUCGUUCCGUCAGCCCUCUUUGCUGCUGUGGGGACAGCUGGCCAGAGGUGUACCACUGCGAGGCGCCUGUUUUUACACGAAAGCAUCCAUGAUGAAGUUGUAAAUAGACUUAAAAAGGCCUAUGCACAAAUCCGUGUGGGGAACCCAUGGGACUCUAAUGUUCUCUAUGGGCCACUCCACACCAAACAGGCCGUGAGCAUGUUUCUGGGAGCAGUGGAGGAAGCAAAGAAAGAAGGUGGCACCGUGGUCUAUGGUGGCAAGGUCAUGGAUCGCCCUGGCAAUUACGUAGAACCAACAAUUGUGACAGGUCUGGCCCACAACGCGUCCAUUGCACACACAGAGACGUUUGCUCCGAUUCUUUAUGUCUUUAAAUUCAAGAAUGAAGAGGAAGUCUUCGCCUGGAAUAACGAAGUAAAACAGGGACUUUCCAGUAGCAUCUUUACCAAGGAUUUGGGCAGAAUCUUCCGCUGGCUUGGACCGAAAGGAUCAGACUGUGGGAUUGUGAACGUCAACAUCCCCACAAGCGGGGCUGAGAUUGGAGGUGCAUUUGGAGGAGAAAAGCACACUGGAGGUGGCCGGGAGUCUGGUAGCGAUGCCUGGAAACAGUACAUGAGAAGAUCCACUUGUACCAUCAACUAUAGUAAGGACCUUCCUCUGGCUCAAGGAAUCAAGUUUCAGUAAAGGUUUUUAAGAAGGCUGUCCAUCCUCCUGUGUACCUGCCAAUAAGUUACAUGCUCAGAAUAAAUUUUGAUACCUGAUUUGGCCAGCAGGAUACCUGUGAAACUAGCUUCUGUGUUCUCUUGAUGUGUUCUCAUUCUUCUUCAGUCCCUGCCUUCCUUUUUGAAGCCAGAUGUUCUGGGUGGUUCUUGUAGUUACCUGCCCCAGCCCUGGAAUCAGCCAUUUUCUCAAGCCAUUUAGUCAAAAAUCCUAUUUAGAAGCCAAGACGUAUCAACAUGAAGAUUUCAGUGCUGACAGGUCCUCACAGUGGACAGAGUUGGGAAAUAAACGGACGUACAACCUUUCUACAUCUGGACAACCAUGAGGUCACAUCAGAACUUCACAAAUCCAAUCCAACAUCACAGUGCUUGUUCGUUUUUCGCCCUUCCAGGAUUUGCUGCUUUUGUCUCUGAUAGUUAGAAACCUGCUUCCUAGGACCCUCGAUCCUUGUUCUGGUUGAUUUCACCAAUCCCCUCUUCCCCCAAGGACACCCUGCUCACCUCAUCCUGGUUCUCAGGGUGCUGGACUUGCCCUCACCAUGGACGUCUUCCUCACCCAGCUCAGCCUGAGACACCUACCCACAGCUACCUCCCACAUGAGGACAUCCUUUUUACCCAUCGAAUGGCUUUAGGAUUGCACUGUUGAGGAAGAGAGACAAAGAGGAC